AUGGCCGACUAUGACAGGAGACCUCCUGGCGGACACCACAACCGCAAAAGAAGAUAUCGAGACGAUGACGACCACUACGAUCGCCGCCAGCAGCGCAGGCGUAUAGACUCGGCGCCUUUGCCUGUGCGCGUUCGCAGACAGCUUCUGGGCAUUGCAGACUCCCCCCUGCGCCGAUGGGCAGAGGAGGUGCAAUCCAUCGCUCACAUGGUGGCCGACAACCACGACGACGAAAACCUUCGCAACAUGUUUCUCGACCUGGUCGUCCAGCUUCUACUCGAGCAGCCUCUCAAGACCCCCUUCGUCGCCGCCGUCGUCCUCAUCAUCAACACACUGAAAUCCGAGUUUGUAGACGAUGUCCUUGCUCGUCUGGCGCAGGUGACCCAAGACAAGAUCGCAGAGGGCGCGUGGCGGGAUGUGAAGCUCCUUCUCAAGUUUUUGGCCUGCCUACAAUCUUUGCUGGAAGGCGACGGCGUUUUCCCGCUUUUGGAGGAGCUCUUCAGCCGAGCUGCUGACCUUCAGACGGCCAGCUCAGAUGAUACCAUUGGAACCGAGAUUGUUAAGAUCAUCCUUCUCACCAUUCCUUACAUCAUGGUGUCGGCCCCCGGUCAGUUCCAAACUAAGGCUGCAGAACUGAUGGAGAAGACCGACAUUAUUGCUUCCGAGCCCCAUGCGCUUCAGGCCCUCGUCGACCCCUACCAUGCCCAAGGCAAAGAAGCGAGCCCUGGGGCGUCGUUGAGCGUGUGCAUGUUGCUACAGAAGCAGCUGCAGGCUGAGGCGGGCAAGGACUGGGAGCUGGCAUGUCUGCCCCGGCCGUGGCAGAUGCCCCUGGAGGAUAUCGAAGCCCAGGACAAGCUGGCGAAUGCGCCUAAGCACGUCCUCCCUUCCAUUUCCAUCCCCGAAACCGUCAUCGCGGGACCUCGGCCGCUGUUCCCCGAGAUCUACUUUUCCGUCUACUCGGACCAGGACGUGCCAUCUGUCCCUGCUGUUACCGACAUUGCGGCAUCCCUGAUCAGGGAUGGUCUCCUCGAUACUAUCAACAUUCUCGACUUCAACCGAAAUGUGACAGCUCGCUAUCUGAUGGACCUCGACUGCUACUUUGCUGAAGGCACCUUUGUCAAGCGCGCGACGCCGUUCGAUGAGUUGAGGAACAUUGCCCCAGGCAAGUCUACAUGGAAGCCUGAGGAUGUCGCCGUGGACACAGUCUUUUCCCAGCUGUUCCAGCUGCCAACACCAGAACGAAAGCUCGUCUACUACCACUCGGUCCUUACCGAGGCCUGUAAACUUGCACCGGCAGCCAUUGCGCCCAGCUUGGGUAGAGCCAUAAGAUAUCUCUACAAGAAUAGCCCGCGCAUGGACCUGGAGUUGAGCUACCGGUUCCUGGAUUGGUUCUCUCACCAUCUCAGCAACUUUGGCUUCACCUGGAAGUGGGCAGAGUGGGCAGAGGAUACGGAUCUGCCCGACUAUCACCCCAGCAAGUGGUUCCUCAAGGGGGCCCUGGACAAGGAGGUGAGACUCAGCUUUGCCCAGCGAAUCCAGAAGACACUGCCAGAACCCUACCUGCCCCUAGUUGGGCCUGAGAAGGAGAAGGAUGUCCCGGAUUUUAAGUUCAGUAACCCAGAAACCCCAUUCGCAAAGGAGGGUCAAGAGAUUGGUGCGCUCCUGCGGCGCAAGGCCCCCGACGAGGACUUCCAACCCAUCAUCGAUAGCAUUCAGUCACAGGCCACAGAGCGGGCGCUGGAUCCCUUGGUUACAAGCGUGGAUGUGUUUGUUACGGCUGUGUGCUGGGUUGGCUCCAAGUCACUGAGCCACGUGCUCGCCUGCAUUGACAGGACAAAGGGUCGACUUCUGGAGGCCGGCAACGCCUCUGAGGCGGCGCGGGCCCAGAUCAUCUCGGCGGUUAUGGCUUACUGGCACGCUCACCCAGGAAUUGCUCUCUCUAUCGUCGAGAAGCUCCUCAACUACUCCAUCCUUACCCCCUUUACGGUUGUUGACUGGGCUCUUGUUGCCAGUACACCAUCCAACAGCACAAACGGCGGAGAUGCCCUCGUCCAGCCUCACAUCUUCGAGCUCGUCUCCAACACCAUCUCCAAGGUCACAAGCCGCGCCCGACAGAUUCUCGUCUCUCCUGAAACCGACGAGGAGACGCGAUCCAAGGAGGCCAAGACGACGCAGGAUCUUUUCCGCGCUAUGAACGACGCGCUUGUCAGCUGGGCCGGUGGCAGCAAGGACGAGCUGAUGGAGGAGGGCGAUGGGUCGAGUGAUCGCGAGGCCAUGAUCCGUCGGUGGGGACAGCGGUGGCUGCGCGUGUUUAAGCGGAUGGGUGCCAUUGAGGAGGCGUUUGCUCUGGAGGCUGGUAAGGCUGCCGCUAGCAAGAAGGACAAGAUGGUGACGGAUGAGGCGGAGAACUAG